AUGAAGCUCCUCCGUGUUUUAUUCAAAACCUUUCUCCGAAACCGCGUGCCGCCGCCGGACGUCAUGAUACGCGGGUUCGCCGCCGCAUGGACUGAGACUGAGAAGACGAAUUGGAAGGGUUUGGCUGAUGAGACAACUUACAACAAGCUUGUUCUUGCAUGUUGCCGUGAUGGGAGGGUUGAGGAGGCUCUUGGGAUUUUGAGGGGCAUGGCUGAGUCUGAUGAGAACACUUACACGUCUCUCAUUCAUUUGUUUUGCGACCAGGGUCAGUGUGAUAAGGCUUAUAAGGUUUUCGCUGAAAUGAUUGAUACUGGGUUUUCGCCCUCGGUUGCUACUUACAACGCGAUUGUUCUUGCAUAUUGCCGUGAUAAGAGGUUUCGUGAGGCUCUGGGGAUUUUGAGGUGCCUGAUUGAGAGGGGUUUCGAGCCAAAUUUGAUUUCGUUCAAUGCACUUGUUCAGGGUUUUUGCGGGAAAGGGAAGAUGGAAGAGGCUGAGGAGCUGCUUCAGGAGAUGAAUCAAAAGGGUUUGGCCCUUGAUGACAAGACUUACACGUCUCUCAUUCAUUUGUUCUGCAACAAGGGGAAGGUAGAGAAGGCGUUUGAAAUGAAAGCAGAGAUGGUUCACAAGGGCAUCUUGCCUGAUGCUGACACAUAUGGGCCGCUUAUAGGUUCCCUCUGCCUGCAGCAAACACUGUCGGAAGCUUUUGAUCUCUUCCAAGAGAUGCUGCGCAGGGGUGUGUCGCCAGAUAACAAGACUUAUACUGGUUUGAUGAGUGCUUAUCGUCUUCAAGCUCAAUUCAGUAAGGCUUUUCAUUUGCAAGAUGAAAUGAUACACAAGGGGUUUUUGCCUGAUUUUGUUACUGGGAUUUCAACCUCUCAUGUUACAUACAACGCCAUUAUUCAUGGCCUUUGCUUAUUGGACCGGGCUGAGGAGGCUCUGGAGAUUUUGAGGGGCAUGCCUGAGAUCGGCUUGUCCCCUGAUGCUGUAAGUUAUAGCACUGUUAUAUUCGGGUUUUGCCGAAUCCGGGAGCUGGGGAAGGCUUAUAAGUUGAAGGUGGAGAUGGAUAAAAAGAGCAUCUCGUGGCUGGGGCUCUGGGGGCUGUAUGACGACAUAGACAAAUCAGUUAUGCAAGGCCUGUCGCAUGAGGAUACUUUUUCUAAUUUGAUGAGUGAUUAUUUAGCUGAAGGUCACUUGGAAAAGGCUUAUCUUUUGGAACGUGAAAUUAACUACUUUGAUUAUUUGCCAGUUGAUGUUCACUAUAGUGUGUUUUUGAAUGUACUUAAUAAGAAAGCUAGGAUAACAGAAGCUAAGCACCAUCUUUUGUGGUUUAUUUCUCAUGUGUGUUUGCGUAUGCCAACUUUUAUAAUAUAUGAUACUCUGAUAGAGAACUGCAGUAAUAAUGAAUUUAAGAGUGUGGUAGGGCUUGUCAAAGGUUUCGGAAUGAGGGGUUUAAUGAAGAAAGCAGCCAGAGCUCAUGACACAAUGCUUGAGGGGAAUUAUAAGCCAGAUGGAGCAGUUUAUAAUUUAUUAAUAUUUGAUCAUUGUAGAUGUGGUAAUGUUCAUAAGGCGUAUGAUAUGUACAUGGAGAUGGUGCAUUAUGGUUUUGCUCCUCAUAUGUUCUCUGUACUUGCUCUUAUUGAGGCUCUAUGUUGUGUUAGAAGGUACAAUAAGAUGAGCUGGGUCAUUCAAAACACAUUGAGGAGCUGUAAUCUCAAUGAUUCCGAGCUACUUCAAGUACUUAAUGAAAUUGACGUCAGGGAAGGUCAAACUGAGUAUCUUCGGGGUGAGCUAGCUGAAAGAGCAAUGGAUGGCCUGUUACUUGAUGGUAGAAAGGGUUCAUAUGCUUCAGCAAGUACCUAA